AUGAAGCGAGCUGCGUCUCCACUGGCCCGAAAGGUGAAAUCAACAAGAACACCACUCAACCAGUAUGCUGGAACUGAGGUUGGGCAAGACUGGGAAGUCGAUGCAAUCGAAACACUCGAUCACUUUUACGAGCGCUACAUUGAAACGAGAACUCCAGUGAAACUAAUUGGGGAAACCAACCUUCCGAUUGAUCUCGACAGGUUCCGCUUGGACAACAUAGUGGACCGCUUAGCGUAUCCUGAAGAGAAGAAGCUCCAGGUGGAGCGGAAAGUCGGCUUUGGGUUCGGUCUGGGAAAAUCUCGUGAACUCAUGUCUUUUGCCGAAGUUGUAGAGAAGUUCCGUAAAGGCGACGAUUCGUACUACCUAACGACGCAGUAUGCUGAACAUGAUGUUGUGGAUGCGCUGAAUACUCUGGAUACAGAAGAGUUACAAGAGACAUAUGAGACGGAAGAUAAAGAGAACGAAGCCGAGGUAGCCAAGGACUCAGAAGCCGAAGAAAGCAAAAACGAAGAAAGUACUGACGGCGAGCAUGAUGGUGGCAACGGCCAGGUUGACUUUGCCAACUUCUCCGAUACCUCGUCGCUUGCUUCAUUUGACGUCAAUGAUCUUCACGAUGAUUUCGACGAUGUAGACAGUGAAAACUACGUCGACGAAAAGCUCAAAUUAACUACAGAAGAGGCAGAGGAAAGAGUUCUUUCGCUUUUCCAGCCCCCUUUAACUGAGCUUUGUAACGACACCCUGUUCCCCAUCACACCCAAACCUUUUGAUACAUUGAUCCCACAGCAAAUAAAUCUCUGGAUGGGUCUGUCGCUGCAAUCGUCCCCUAAACCAGACCUUCUUCACCCUACGAAAGAAUCGUUGGGAAAAUGGGUGCCUAACGGAAACUCUUCAGGGCUCCAUCAUGACCAUGCGGAUAAUUUGUAUGUUCUUGUGGAAGGACGCAAAAGAUUUACGCUUUACUCUCCCAAAGAUGCAUUGAACAUUUUUACUGUAGGCGACAUUGACAAAGUCUACGCCAAUGGUCUCAUUGAUUACAAGGUCAACAAAAAUGCCAGACUUUGGAGGAAGAUGCGGGACGAUGGCGCCUUGGUAGCUGAACAUGCUGCGUGGCUUUUGGAAAACGAGGAUUUCUCCACUUAUAGCCAACAAGAACUCGAGGAUCUAAUUGAAAAUGAAGAGGAGUACACGGGAGAAAUUGAUGAUAGCUUGGAUCCUCCUAGUUUCUCUUCGGUACCACCUGUUCUAGCGCAUUUAGACGAAUUGACGGAUGAUGCAGAGGUUGAGAGCCUUACCAAGUAUGCCAAUGAACAUUAUCCUGGUUUCUUGAAUCUUAACAAGACGCAAGUGUGGCUUGAGCCCGGUGACAUGCUAUAUUUGCCCUGCGGAUGGUUCCAUGAAGUCACCAGUUUUGCUAAUGAGGACCUGCCGGCGCAUAUUGCUAUGAAUUGGUGGUUUAUGCCGCCUAAUGGCCUGAAAGCUUCUAAACCGUACAAAGACGACUAUUGGAAGCACGAUUACUCCAAGACACUAGCAUCCAUUGAGUAUGUAAGGACUAAAUGA